GCCAAGCCACGCAGAAUGUGGUACUCACUCAUCCUGGGCAGCGUGCACUGGGUGGGGACCUUCUUCCAGUAUAAAAGCAUUUUUGCCCUCAACCAUUCCUCCAUUCACGCCACUUUUCGACCGAGAGCAACUACUCGACAACCUCCAACCAAAAAUAUGAAGGUCAUUGCCGUUUUCGCUGCCGUUUUGGCAGUCAGUUCCGCCCAGAUCUUGUACAACGGUGCGGGUCUCGGUCUCGGGUACUCUGCUUUGGGAUACAACGGACUUGCCUACAACACCCUCGGAUACAACGGAUUGACUUACGCCGCCGCCCCAGCCGUCCACCAUGUUCCAGCCGUUGCCACCAAGACCCAGUACCACGCUCAGGAUGAGCUCGGACAAGCCUCUUUCGGACACUCUGAACCAACCCAGGCCCACUCUGCCGUCCGAGACGCUGCCGGUGGGGUUCGAGGAACCUUCUCGUACAUCUCCCCCGAAGGAAUCCCAUUCACGACACACUACACCGCUGACCACAAUGGGUACCGAGUCGCCUCCAACGCUCUCCCAGUUGCUCCCGCUGUCUCCAUCGCCGGACCAGUCGACACCCCCGAAGUUUCCGCUGCCAAGAUCCAACACGCCGCUGCUCACGCCGCUGCCCGUUCCCGAACGAAGCGAGGUGUCGUUGGAACCCCACUCAUCUCAUCGCCCGCUGUCUUCCGAUCCCCAGCCACCUUCGGAUACGGAUACACCGCCGUGGCUCCAGCCCACGUUAGCUACGCUGCCCCUGCCGUCACUUAUGCUGCCGCCCCCGCCGUCACUUAUGCUGCUGCUCCAGCUGUCACUUAUGCCGCUGCUGCCCCCGCCGUGACCUACACCACCGCGCACCACGCCCCAGCCGCCGUCACCUAUGCCGCCGCUGCUCCAGCUUUGACCUACUCCGCCGCCAUUGCUCCAGCCGCCACGGUCGUUGCCGCCGCUCCCGCCGUGCGUGCCGCCACGUUGACCAAGGUCGUCAACACGCCCGGACACGCCGUCUCUUACAGAGUCGACUAAACGUUUCUCUCCACCCUCCCCUGAACUUAAUGAGCUAAAAAUACACACAAAUUCUUGUCCUGUGUUCUUAUGAACUAUUUUUGUUACACGAUUUCAUCCUAUGCAAAUUAUAUUUCCGGUGUUUCAAACAAACGGUGUCGUAAAUGUCGCACUUUGCUACAAUUUUAACUUAUUUUAGUCGAUGCGGCGUUACUUUUGGUGUCAUGAUUUGAUUUGGUUCUUGCUCACUCUGAAAAUAAAACUGAUCAUUAUUUCCUUCGA